AUGACGAGCCUGCUGCCUCACGACCUGAUCGUGUCGGAGAUCCUGGUCCGGCUGCCCGCAAAGUCCCUGUUGCGUCUAAGCUGCGUCUGCAAGGCCUGGCGCACCACCAUCUCCGACGAUCCAUCCUUCUCUCAGGCGCAUCUCCACCGGCUCCACCAACAAAACAAGAAGCCGUGCAGCCUACUCAUUACACCACGUAUCACCGUCGAAGCCGCAGAACCUUGGAGUUGGACGAUCAGCCACGAGGUCUCUGCCCCGGGAUUGUACCUGUGGGAGGAGAGCAAGCCGGACGUGGCAGCCCUCCUGCACGACACCUCAUCGUUCCCCGCGGAGGACAAGUGGGCAAGGCACCGGUUCGCGCACUGCGACGGGCUUGUGAUGCUGCCAGCAGAGGAUACCGUGCGCGUGCUAAACCCGGCCACGCGCCAGGCCGUCGUGCUGCCUUGGAGCCCCAACAUCGUCACAUCAGGUCGGCGCUGGGGAACCGAAGGCCACCAGGCGUUUGGCUUCGGACGGGAUCAUGGCACCAACGCCUACAAGGUCGCUCGCUUCUUCUACCGCGAGUGUCUCGCCGAGGAUGCUCUUGGGAUGGAGGUGUUCACCAUUCGAAAGGACGACUGUUGGCGUGAGACGGUUACACGACCGCCGUUCUGUUUCGUAGCAAUGCAAACGGCAACCUUCUUCAAGGGCUCCUUGAUCUGGACAGUCGACCAUGAGUCGCUCAUGUAUGAAGACUUGAGUCCGGAUGAGAUUGCAGACAUGCCGUGCUUUGUCCGCUUUAGCCUCGAAGACGAGUCAUUCAAUAUUAUUACUGGGCCUCCAUGGUACCGAGGGGGCCAGCGGCUGGAGAUGCCCUUAGCCGAGCUAAACGGGGAGCUAGCCAUGCCGCGUCCAGGUUAUAAAUCAGUCCAGAUAUGGAUGUGUGAUGAUGUGGAAAGCAUUAGCCCACCACGAUGGGAAAGACGUCAUGUACUCAACUUCCCAUUUUCUUUUCACCAGCUGAUAGGCACGUCUAAUGACGAGAUAGUGUUCCGAGACAUUUCGGACUCUCUAUGGCGGCAAACUCCUCAAGGAGUUGACAUUAUGUUUCACAUGGAAGCCUUGAGAUAUUACAACCAUGACACGAGCACGCUUGUUGAAUACUCAGGGGAGACCGUCCAAGACUUUGAUGCAAUCUUUUACAUUCCAACCCUAGUUCCAAUCUAG